CGGCCAAGUUCUGGAUCGCGCUCCUCCUUCCUCGUACGCGGGGCAUGUUCGCGCUGCCUCGGCGGUGCUAAGGAGCGAGGGAGCGCCGAGCCGUAGCCCAAGGCCGCCUUUCGGCGCUUCGCUUCGCGGUUAUGUCUCCCGUCAGCGAGGAGGUGGAAGCGGGGAACGCUCUCUCCGCUUCGGAGGAAAGUGAGACCGCGAACGAGGACGAGCCGAAAAAGGAGAACGGAGAAUGGUGCCCCCAGGAAGCCUUGCUCGCCUCCGGGGUCGCAGAACCGGACUUGGUGGCUAGGCUGGGGGAGACGCAGAGCCCUCCCGAGAAGGCGGCGGAGCAGGGUGAGCCGCCGCCGCCGCCAGUGCACCCGGAGACGGCUGAGCCUCCCGAAGGAGGCUGGGGCUGGGUGGUCAUGCUGGCCUCUAUGUGGUGCAACGGGACUGUCUUCGGGAUCCAGAACUCGUGCGGAGUCCUCUUCAAGUCCUUGCUGUCGGAAUUCGGAGACCCCAAAGACGAGCAGCUGAUGUUCAGGACAGCAUUGGUGAAUUCUUUAUCGAUGGGGAUGAUUUUCUUCUGUUCUCCCAUUGUCAGUGUAUUUACCAACUUGUUUGGUUGUCGAAAAGUAGCUGUAGUAGGAGCAGCUGUGGCUUUCGUUGGGCUCCUUUCAAGCUCCUUUGUACGCUCACUUGGACCGCUGUAUUUCACUUAUGGAAUCUUGUUUGGCGCUGGCUGCUCAUUUAGCUAUCAGCCAUCCCUGGUCAUUUUGGGACAUUAUUUCAAGAAGCGCCUGGGACUAGUGAAUGGCAUUGUUACCGCCGGGAGUAGUUUGUUUACUAUAACACUGCCCUUUCUUUUAGAUACACUGGUCAAUUCUGUUGGCCUCUAUGGGACUUUUCGAAUCCUAUGCAUUUUUUUAUUUAUUCUCUUCCUGGCUGGCUUUACUUACAAACCUGUCACGCCUAAUACCAAACAAAGUGAAAAAGGGAAGAAGUUCAAAUUACCUCCAGCUAAAGAAGUGUGCAAUUUUUCCAUUUUCAAAAUUCUGAGUUAUAGAAUCUGGGCACUGGGGAUUCCAGCUGCUUUAUUUGGAUAUUUCAUACCUUACGUUCAUCUACUAAAGCACGUGAAAGAACGUAUUGGUGAAAAUGUUCCAGAUGUAACACUUCUGCUUUGUCUUGGCAUUACUUCAGGAAUUGGUCGACUGGUCUUUGGCAGAAUUGCAGAUUAUAUUCCUGGUGCAAAAAAGGUUUAUCUACAGGUGAUAUCCUUUUUGUUAAUUGGCCUGAUGUCUAUGAUGAUCCCGUUAUGCAAUACCUUUGAAGCUCUUAUUGUUGUCUGCCUUAUCAUGGGCCUUUUUGAUGGAUGCUUCAUUUGUAUCAUGGCACCUAUUGCUUUUGAGUUAGUUGGCGCACAUCAUGUUUCCGAAGCAAUUGGAUUCCUUUUGGGGUUGAUGUCUAUACCAAUGACAGUUGGCCCACCUAUUGCAGGAAAGUUACGGGAUCACCUAGGCACUUAUGAUGUGGCAUUCUACCUAGCAGGAGUUCCACCUAUUAUUGGAGGAGCUAUAUUAUGUGCCAUCCCAUGGGUGCAUGAAAAGAGGAAACGCAAAGAACAAGCUACACCAGUGAAUGAAGAAACCACAGUAAAAAUGCUGGAAAUCAAACCCCUACCUAUAUCGGACUCAUAUGAGAAACCUAGCAAAGAAUCAGAUUCUGUUAUUUAAUAUUGCUAUUUUUUUCUACCAGAUUGAAUUUAUUUUUAUAAAAUUAGGUAGCUUUCUGUUUGUAAACUGAGUGCACCAUGGUCAUGCUUUUUGGCAAAGGUAUGGCGAGCAGUGUGGAAAAAGUAUGAAGAAAUCUUUUCAGCUGUUUUUGGUUGCAUUUACAAAAUACGUUUCCACUUUUAUAUGACCAAUGUUAUAACUGAAUAUAUGCUAGUGAAUGUGUAAGUAGAAAUAUAUGAAUGUAUAUUUGGGAGUCAAGAUCUGUCCUGUCUUAUCAGCUGAUUUCCUCCCAAUCCCUUCAUUUUAAAAUCUGUCCAGCAGAGUGAUUCAGCUGGAACUUUUAGUAGCAUCUAGUGGUUUUAAAACUAUUAUUGCUAAUUUUAAAAAGUUUCGGGGAUGUAGAUUCAGGGUUUUUUAAAUUGCGGUAAUUUUUUUGCAAAAUGACAUCUGCUCUUUAGAGUGCUACCAAGUUGAAUAAUGUCUCGUUGUGUGAUUUGCUUCUUGGUGACGUUUUGGCCUUGUUUGAUUCAGUCCAUGCCAUAUUGCUUCUGAAGGGAAUAUAAGGUCCAGCUUAAUCCAAACUUACAAAUUGUAAGUUACCUAACAUAACUUACAAUUUGAGCAUUUAUUUUUACAAUAUUGAUAUGUGCAGGAUAAAACAGGAUAUUAUAAUGCAAUACUGACACUUAUUAGUUUUUUGUAAAUUUUCUGUUGCUUAAAAUUUAGCAGUUCCAUUCUGUAUUGCUUCCUGUCUCAAUAUAGAUAGUACUAUAGUAAAAUUAGGGGUAUUUCAUACUGAAUAAUUCAAUUAAAGGCCGAUUUUCUUUUCAUGUGUAUAUGGGAAAGAAUGUGCUGAAACACAUGACUGUCAUGUCAUAUAGUGCCUAGGAAUUAUAGUUCAAGCAAUUAUUUGUUAAUAAGAUUUUAAUAUUACAGGUAGUCCUCACCUUAUGACCAUAACUGAGAUUGCAACUUUUGUAACUAAGUGAAGCAGUUAUUAGAUGAGUCACACCCAAUUUUAUGACCUUUUUGCCAUGAUUAUUAAGCGAGUCACAUGGUCAUUAAGUAAAUCCAGCCUUACCCAUUGACUUUGCUGGUUAGAAGCUCCCUAUGAAGGUUUUAAAUGAUGAUCACAUGAACCAGGACAUUGUACCUGUUGUAAAUACAUGCCAGUUGCCAAUCACCCCAAUUUUAAUCACUAUGGGGAUUCUACAAUGGUCGUAAAUGUAAGGACUGGUUGUAAUUCAUUUAUUUCAGUGCCUUUGUAGCUUCAAGUAGACGCUAAACAAAUGGUGAUAAGUCAAGGACUAUAUGAACAUAUGUUAAGUACACUGACGUGAAUUUUUCAGUUAUAUUUGCAUGUUUUUAUUAUUGAUUCAGAGUUCAGCAAUUUUACAUGUGACUUGCUUUCUCUGUUGUUUUAUUUUCAAAUCAAAAGAUAUGUUUAAGAUAGCAUUAAUUAUUCAAGUUUCAGUACCGCUGUGCAUUUCUCUGGUCCUUCCUGUGCAAUAGCACAGUUGUUAAAAAUAACAAUCCUGUGGAUGAAGGCCAAAUUCUGAUUCUAUCUUGCUCAGGUCCUGUGCUCUGCAUCAACAGCAGAAACAAGCAGGAUAGAUACUGAGAAUGACGUGGCAACACCCACAUGGGUUAUCUCUCAGUAUUUUGAAAUUAAAGCUGCCUUUGGCUGCAUAGACUCUCCAGGUCUUGCGGUAUUCUAUCAUUUUUUCUCAAUAGAGGCAUUUUGCAGCAUCCAGUUCAUCUUAGCAGCUCUUUAGGCCUCCAGCUGAAGGAUGUAAACUGGCCAUCAAUUAUGUACUAUGUACAUACUCAUACUUUUUUUCACCUGCAGUAAGCAACAUUAUGCAGUGUGCAAAAUAAGAAAUAGUGAACCCGUCAAAUUAAAGCCUCAAGAUAAGGAAACGUGACUAAAUCUGAUUUAGUUUCAUGCUAAAGUAUUUCAUCACUUCAAAUCAAUUCACUCUAUUUCUCUACCUAGUCUCCAAAGAAACUAAUCAAGGAGAGAACCAACCUAGAACUAAAGAGAAAUAUCCUGGCAGAACAAUUAAUCAGUGGAAUGAC